AUGUCGUCGUCUAUUCAGCGUACCCUAAGAAAUCUAUGGAAGAACGGCUUCAAGAAGUCUUUUAAGCAAUUACAAGGCUAUAAUGAUAUAAAAUCCGGUCGAUUGGUCGGAACUGACUCCUUCGGAAACAAGUUCUACGAGGUUGACGAUCCUGUGGAAAUCCACAUGAGAACUAGAUUUGUUGAAUACACCGGGUUCUGGAGACAGGAUAUGUCUGAAGUUGAGCCCGGAUGGCAUUACUGGUUGGCUUAUGGUACUGAUGUUCCACCUAAUCAGUUGAAGCCAGAAGAGAAAAGUGUCAGAGCUUACCCCGUUAAGAAACAUGUCCCCAACCUCACAUACACAGAUGGGGCUUACGUCCCUUACAACACUGCUAGGCCUAAGUGUGCUACCUGGGAUCCGAAAGUCACGGAAAGACCCUAA